AUGGUUGCCGUCAUGGCAGAGGUCGUUCGCUCCAGGACUGUGGCGGCCAUCGCAGACUCGGACUUCGUGACCUUGACUUUUGAUGAGCGAAAGCCGCACACGGUCUGCAACUACCGCUGCCUUUUGGCGACAAUUGGACACUGCACACGUGAUGUCAUACCUAGCACAGGUUGGGUUAAUCAGUCAGACAGCCCCAUGAAUGAACCAUCGCUCGGACACGAGGGCAUUGUCGGGGCAUGGUGCACUGCUGUUCCUUCUCUGGAAGAUCUGGAUGAAGAUUACAGCCUGCGCAUAUGUGAUGCUUGCCUUGCGCUGGAUGAAGUUGUGGCCGCGGUGCGAAACCUGCACAAAGAUGCACAUGGGCAGGUCGAUGAGCAGGCCGCGCGGAAUGCGCUGGACAAGGUCACCAGUGUGGCCGUGGAUGGGGCUCCUUCCAUGCUGAAGACAGUUGCGUAUAUGCAACGGAGCUGCCCUCGUCUUGUGCUUCGCUGGCGCGACGCAGCACACGCGGUCAGGCUUGCGAUGCAGAAGGCCUGCCAGUCAGAGCCGAUGCUGGCCGAGGUCAGGCAUGUUCUUUUUGAGAAAGAUGGUGGGCUCGUACCGCAGCUCAAGUUCUCAAACGAGUGGAAGCUGAAACUUCGUGCCAUUUCCAACGUGGUCUCUGGCAACCAGAAGCUCUUCACGCAGAUCGCUUGGAGCGCAGUUCGGUUCGACGAGUCCGAGACUUUGCGUCUCUUCUGCCAAAUGCUGCUCCCGGUGGCGCUUCUUCUGGCAGGGCAGGCCAGUGACAAGCGCAUCUCGCCCAAGCUGCGCGGUCUCGCGGCCAGGACGCUGGAGUCGAUGAACACGGACUUCGUCGUGUCUUUGGGCCUUUUUGCGGACUUGACCCACGAGACCCAGCGUCUUCUUCGGAUUUUCGAUUCUGACUGGCACGACCCUGCGAUUUCUCGCAGAUGCUUGGCAAAUGUCCGAAAGAGGGUGCACAGCCUUUUCUUGGAAGGGCGUAUCCUCCAAGAAGGGCCAGGUCUUGAGGACACGUGCACUUGCCGAGUGGUCAAAGCGGCGCUGCAAUGUGGGCCAAUUUAUUACAUGGACAAAGUCCACUACCUGUGGACUUCCAGGACAGGGCGGGACAAGUACAUGCGCGGUCUACAAGGUGUGGGGCAGGUGGUCGAGGUCAUAUUGGAAAGACUGGAGGCAGAGUUCCCGGCGGAUUCACUGGAGAUGGCCUUCAGCUGUUUCGAUGUUCGUGCAGCUUAUGAAGCAUCGCAGGGCUCAUCAUGGCAGCUGUACGAAGCGAAGGUAGUGUCUCAAGUGCACAGACUUCUUCGGGAGGGACUUCGGGAACGUGACUGCGAAGAUACCCGCAAGACCGGUCGUUUCUUCGUGUCUGCCUUAGUGCAGCUAAUGCCUCGCAGUAAGAGGCAAGCAGGGUCCUCCAAGCCAAGCACACAAAGCCGCUUGAACACGCAGUUGCGAAUGCAAGGACGAGAGGACAACCGGGCGCUGUUCCAGGUCGCCUCCAGCUGGCCGGACGCGACACCUAUGUUUCGCCGCCUCACAUCUUUCUACCGUUGGGGCCCGCAGCUUUACAAAGGACAGCUGCGGCAACAGACGCCAGCUGACGCUCGCGCAGCUGGCGUAUGUAUCUAG